UAUACGUUGCUGUACUGCUCAUUGCGCAUAACUAAUCAAUAUCUUCCAUAUUCCAUACAUACCUGUGCAUAACUGUUGGUGGCUUUAGGUGGCUUUCUACAUGAGAGUUCUUUGUCGUGAAUUUUGAUCACCCAUGUCUACAAUGACAAGGAAGGUGCAAGCCCAGCGAAAAUUCGCGCAGGGUGCAUACAUCCCGUCAAAAGUGAAUAACAACACCAACAGCAAUGUCAGUAAUCUAACAGUUGAGCGUAAGACUGACUUGCUAUCUCCAAAGGAAACGACUGACCACAAAACCAACAAUAUUUUUCGUAACAAUAGUUCGGCUAAAAGCCUUCUGGACAUUGUCUGCUUUUUAAAUGUCCAUACACAUAUGCAACCUAUUGUGUUGCUAGAAAGAUUACAAGAAAAUCCUUCAACAUCUUUACCCGGUAUUUUAAAUCAAGUGACACCGUUGGGAAAACCUCAAGAUAUAUUACCAAACCAUUCAGUUCUUCAAAUAUCAAAAUCAUCACCUAAGAAACACUGUAUGAAAUUAAGAUCUGCAAGGAUUACUAAUAAACGUGUGAAAAGAUUAAAUGUAAGGAAAACCAAUGUAGCAAAGAAGAAAAUUAAUUCAAAAAAGACCAGGAACAUUAUUUCAGCUAUUAAAAGAUCUGAUGCUACAGGGUCAUAUGAUUUUAAUACUGAAGAUGAUAAACCUUUAACAUAUUUCACCAGAAGGUAUAAGGCAGGAAAUAACAAGAAGAACAUAAAAACAACUAGAAAGCGUAAAAUUUUACGUGCAGUUAGAACAGAUAACAUUCCAGCGGUAGACCCUGCUAUGAGGCUGUUGGAAAAUGAAGGUCCUUGCGGUGUAAAUGAUGUAAAUCAUGACGCCACUAUAAUAGAAGAUAACAUUCCAGCGGUAGACCCUGCUAUGAGGCUGUUGGAAAAUGAAGGUCCUUGCGGUGUAAAUGAUGUAAAUCAUGACGCCACUAUAAUAGAAGAUAACAUUCCAGCGGUAGACCCUGCUAUGAGGCUGUUGGAAAAUGAAGGUCCUUGCGGUGUAAAUGAUGUAAAUCAUGACGCCACUAUAAUAGAAGAUGCCGCAGAUGCAAUGAAAUCUGAAGAAAUAUUACCAGAGACAACUCCAUCUUAUGAGCAAGAUAACAUUCCAGCAGCAGACCCAGUUAUGAGUCCGUUGAUAAAGGUCUGUGAUGAAAAUUAUGCUGCUUCUUUAUGGAAAGAUGAACCUGUUGCAAUGAGUAUCGACGAAGUUGUAAAAUCAUCCGAGGUCUUUGUGGGACUGCAGCGAGUGGAUUCACCGCUUCCUCGGGAUGACCCUAUUAUGAGUGUGGAUGAACCCGAUAUCAAAAACUCAGUGCUUUCUCAAGAUGACUCUACAGCACCGAGUGUGGAUGGACCUGUAACACCGGCCGUAACCUCUUUUAAAACGCAGUGUGAGGAGUUACAGCUUCCUCGGGAUGACCCUACAACACCCAGUGUGGCUGAACCUGUAAUAUCGGCCGUAACCUCUUUGAGAUCGCAGCGCGAGGAGUCACCGUCUUCUGACGAUGACCUUAUUGCACUGAGAUUGGAUGAACCUCUAAUAUCGGCCUUAACCUCUUUGAGAUCGCAGCGCGAGGAGUCGCCGCCUUCUGACGCCAAUGAAGUAAGUCUUGAACUACCAACUGGUCAAGGCGGCAACGGAGAUAUCGAAAUUGUAGAAGAUAGCGUAGAUUGGAUCAGUACUGAGGGAGAACAAAAUGUUGAUAAUACCGGGAUUAACAACGCAUUAAAGCGAAAACAAGUUGCAAAUCGAUUUAAAGUUCCUCAGCCUCCAAAGCGGAAACAAUCAUCACGGCUUCAAACAGUUGCAGGCCGUCAAAGAAACAGUAAUAAGUCUGAAAUAUCUAGUACGAGCGCUUCUCAGUGUAUAUCCAGUCGUUUUAACACCUUUAGUGACAUAUUGAAUUGCCUACCGAAAGUAUUAAAUAACCGUUGUAAGGCCUGCGUGUAUUGUACUGUUGUGGAUAGAGCAUUGCAAAUCUGUAAAAUAACAAAACUUCUUAAUAUAGACACGUCUGUUCCUUUACAAACAGAAGACAGUUAUGAGUUUAGUGCUGACAGCCACUCUAAUUCAUUUCAAGGGACAUCAUAUAUUAAUACACGUAAAGGACGUUCCAGACAAGCGUUUAGAAAUCAAAGUGUGAACACAGGCAAUAUGGAAAGUGCAAAUAUGCCCUCACAAUGUCCACCUUCACUACCUCGUCCACAAUCAAAAGAUCAACUUCCAUCUCCUCGCCGUCCACUCCCAUUUAAAAGUUUAUAUUUGGAUUACUCGGAAAAAAGCAAUAACAUCAUUGAGUUCAAAUUGUCUUGGCAAGAGCAUAAAAAAAAAUUUACAGUGAGUGCAAACAAAAUUCCUAGAUCUCCAGAUAUAGUAAUAACAAAGUUAAAUUCAGCCACAGAUUCUAAUAUUUUUUAUUCAAUUCUUGGACAAAUGGAUAAACUACCUCUCAAUACACUGGUUAGAAGUUUAUCGAAUGCAAUAGAACAGACGAGUCAUUCAGUAAUUAAUAACGACGACGGUGCGAUUCCGAGUACGUCGAGAGGACCUAAUCCAGAACCAGUUGUUACAGUGCAGACUUCAAACAAUUUUGAUACUAGAGAUAGAGGAGGCCAUCAAGCCGAGAAACCAAAAGCAGCCUUUCCCCGUCAUAAUAGCAAGGCUCAACAAGUCGACGCACCAAUUUUUUACCCAACUGAGGCUCAGUUUACGGAUCCGAUUGCAUACUUCAAUGAAAUCAAGCCAACCGCAGCUAAAUUCGGAUUAUGUAAGAUUGUAGCACCAGAGACAUUCAAAUCGCAGUGUGUUUUAAAAGAUGAAAUGAGAUUUGGUGUGACUAACCAAUAUAUUUCACGUUUUUAUACCCGUUGGGGUCCGGCUUCGAGAGAAAUGUGCGCUAUGAAAGCAUACUUAGCUACGCAAAGUGUAGUAUUCACGAGAUCACCAUUGCUCGACGGCAUCGAAGUAAGUCUUCCAAAAUUAUACGAACUCGUGCAACGGUGCGGUGGUCUCAAGAAAGUCAUAGAAAAGAAACGUUGGAGUCGUGUAGCCGAAGAAAUGCAACUUACCAAAUCUCCGAACAUUGAGAAGAAAUUAGAUUUAAUAUAUGUUAAAUAUAUUUUACCCUAUGAUACACUGUCUAACAAAGAACGUCUAGAAAUGAUGAAAGUCGUAGAAGUUUACUGGAAUAAGAAAAAUAAAAGGAUGCUUGAUAGAGCAUUAAAUCCCUUGCACAGUCAAAAACGUAUUUUGGGUGAAUCGGAAUCGUCUGAAGAAGAAGAUGUCGAUGAUUUGAAUGUUACUGGAGCCUUCUUUGGGUUCGACGAUUGUAUUCUCCCAGGCAGACAUAUGAAUUUGGCUACAUUCAAAAAGGUCGCGAAUAAAGUAAUGAAGACAUAUUUUACCACACCUAACCCUACUACACAGGAAGUAGAGAACGCAUAUUGGAAAUUUGUCCUUCUAUCCAAAGAUCACGUGUGUAUCAAUACUGCGUCAAUAGAUACUGGAGUAAAAGGAUAUGGAUUUACAAAAAAUCAUCGAGAUAUUAUUGGGAAACACCCGUGGAACCUGAAGGUGUUAAGUGGUAAUGCCGGCAACGCUCUGAGAUAUUUGGGUUCCGUAAUGGGUGUCACUGUACCGACACUACACCUUGGCAUGGUGUUUUCAACUAGCUGCUGGCACCGAGAUCCCCACGGCCUGCCUUGGAUUGAAUAUAUGCACUCUGGACCCGCCAAGAUUUGGUACGGGAUUCCUGAUGAACAGAGUACAAACUUCCGAAGAGCGGUCGAGUUGCUCUGCCCUACAUUAUGUCAAAAUAAGUCUAUUUGGCUGUCAUCUGAUUUAGUCAUGAUCCCACCCAAUCUACUCUUAGAGCACAAUGUGUCUCUUUCAAGGGUGGAACAAAAGCCUGGAGAAUUCAUUUUGGUCUUCCCCAAUGCUUAUUCUUGCUCAAUAUCUACAGGAUACACUGUAUCGGAGAGUGUGUACUUUGCCACUAACCCAUGGCUGAAGACUAUCCAUCAAGUUUUUCAGGAGUUGAAAGAAAGCUGCGAACCAACGAUGUUUGCCCUAGAACACUUCUUAUUGGCGGCUGCACGAGACCCUCGCUCUCCUCUGUCGAUUCUACCGGAAAUAUAUUCCAGCCUCAGUAUCAUUAUCAGAGAGGAACUCGACAACCGUGCUGCCAUAAUGCGCUUCAACGUUCCGAUAAAGUAUUCAAAUAAGAGUCGCCACUGCAAACCGUCCCGUAAGCGACCAGCGAGAGCGUGGAAUGUUCGCGAACAAGACGAGUGCGAAAUCUGCCGCGCUACAUUAUAUCUCUCCAGGGUACGAGGACUACCAUCAAAAAAAAAAAAUGUUUGUCUCCAACACGGCCGACGUUUACUAGAGAAUUCUCGGCAAAGCGAGCGAGAAGCAUCAAUAGAGAUGGACGUCUUUGUUUCGGAACAAGAGUUGGACAAUGUUUUACAAGGCGUCCAGAAUCGAUUAGUCGGCUAAAAUGUGUCCAAAACUAAUAAAACAGUACUUUGUUUUAUCACAUCGUCUUAACUAAUCCCUGAUUAUAUAAUCUUUUGGUUAUAUAAUCAAGGAUUUCUACCUGCAUUUUACUUUGUGUAAGUGGUCAACAAAAUUUUUAAAAUGAAAUGAAAUCUUUUAAUUUCUCAGACCUAAGGAAUUCGAAUUUCGUUUGUACCAUGUUUUUUUUUUUUUCAAAUUUACUAUCGUCCUGAAAUGAGUCUUAGUAUUCUACUUAGCUGUGUUACACCGUACUUCACUACACUGCAAUUAGAAUUGCCAAUUUUUUUCUUUUUAUUCCUUCAAGUUUAUCUAUAUGUAUAGAUAAAUCAACUUGAAGUUCUGUCUGUUAUAUCGAAAUAAUUUUAUUGGGCCAUUUUAUUAAACAAAUUCAGGCGAAGCCGUGGCGGCGGGUCGCUAGUAUAUGAUAUUUCCAUCUACCGAAUAAAGUCUAAUAACAAGCAAAAUUCCUUCAACCAUUAUUUAUACAUAUUUCACAUUGCAAAAAAAAAACAACAGCUUCUUUUUUAUUCAUUAGAGAAAAUACGUAAGUGAUGUUUUAUUAAUAAACUAGCGAUUAGUCCCGGAUUCGCCUGACUUGGAUCUAUUAAUGUGACUAUGAUGUCUUUUAAACUUUAUCUGCUAGCUCAAUAGUAAGUUCAAUUAUGAAAUAAGUCACUUACUAUCCCGAACCAUCAAUAUGUUGAAAAAAAUGGCAUAAAACAAAGUAUUGUACACAUUAUGGAAAUAAGUCUUACAAAAUACCAGCUUAAAAGAGCAGCUCAAUGCUAACAGCAGCAUUGCAUGUUAGUCCUCGUGGCUGACAAUGCAUCUACAUUUUAAUUCGCUAACGAAGAUAGAUGUAGAUGUCUAUGGGCCACAGCAACUACUUACCAUCAGGUGGACUGUGUGCUCGCUUGUCCCCCUAAUCCUAUAAAAUAAUUCAAGUUUUGGGAUCAAUUAACAUUAUUUCUGAGAAUUAUUGGAUACAACAGGGUACUUGAGUUUUAUUACAUACUAAAUUUAUAAGGUUAUUCGUAAGUUUUUAUAUUUACUCUGAAGAGUUGAUAGCAUUUAAUAAUCCCAUGUACGAAAUGAAUGAAAACUUGGUGAGCAGCACAAUUGAAGUAUUCCAUUUUUAUUCAACUUUACGCCAAAUAUUAGAGAUUACGUUUUUUUCUAGAAUAGGAACGAUUAAUUUUUUUCAUUAUAUAAAUUUAAGAUACCUUGAAGAUAAUUUGAAUUUAGUUCAUAUAAUUUUUAAAUGAAUCACCAAAUUAUCUAAAGUGCAGUCAAUGUAUUAAAAAAUACUAUGUAUUGUCAAUUAAUUUUGUAUUCAAAAUUUAUGGCUCUAUAGCGCAGUUAUUUGUAUGGUGCAGCCACGCUUACGAUCUGUGGGAUCAAAUCCUGCACAGAACAAAUGUUUGUGUGGUAUGGUCUAAGAAUAAUUGUUCCGUAUCUUGUGUCUAGGUGUUUGUCCGUGUGCAGUUUUGUGUCUAGGUGUUUGUCCGUGUGCAGUUUUGUGUCUAGGUGUUUGUCCGUAUGCAGUUUUGUGUCGAGGUGUUUGUCCGUAUGCAGUUUUGUGUCGAGGUGUUUGUCCGUAUGCAGUUUUGUGUCUAGGUGUUUGUCCACGUGCAGUUUAUCUAUGUAAAACGACUCCACGUUAUAGCAGAUAUUUUCUGGUAUAGAAAUAUUUAACAAGUGGUAAAAUUAAAAAUUUUGUACAACCGACUUCAAUAUAAAUUAUUAAGGAUAACUCAAAACUACUGGUCAAACCUUGAUCAAAUUUAUAUGAGACCACCUGGCCAGGCAUUUG